CACACAUGCUCAAAUGCCCCCUGUCAGGCCCUAGUCUAGUUUUUCCCCCUGAUCUAGGGAGUCAGAAGAAUGCCAUGGACCUGAUCAUUUAAAAAACAGAUAUAGAUGGCAUAAAAAUGAGUGUGGUUUUAAAGUUGGAGGAAGAAACAUCAAUAAUCUGUGCUACGCUGAUGACAGUACUCUGAUAGCUGAGAAUGUGGAUGAUCUGCAAGCUCUAGUAAUGAAAGUCAAGGAGUACAGUAAAAAAUAGUACUACAACAAAAUGUAAAGAAGACUAAUGAGAACGGGUACAGCAACCAGCCUGAGAAUUGAUAAUGAACACAUUGAAGUGGUGGAUAGCUUCUUCCUUUUAGGAUUGACUGUCAACAAUAAAGGAUCCAGCAGUCAAGAAAUAUGCUGCAGACUAGGUGGGGUUGCAAUGAAGGCCUUGGAAAGGAUAUUUAGAUGCUAUAACCUACAAAGAUUAGAGUCAUUCAGACAAUGGUUUUUGGCAUGACAUUCUAUGGAUGUGAAAGCUGGACUUUGAAGAAGCAAGAUAGAAAAAGUAUUGACGCUUUUGAACUUUGGUGCUGGAGGAGACAUUUGAGGAUACCAUGGACAGCCAGGAAAACAAACAAAAGGAUCAUAGAACAAAUCAAUCCAGAAUUUUCACUUGAGGCAUAAAUGACCAGGCUCAAACUAUCAUACUUUGGACAUUUUAUGCAAAUACCCAGCUCCCUUGAGAAGUCUAUAAUGCUGGGGAAAGUUGAAGGAAAGAAGACGACAACGACCAGCAGCAAGGUGGAUGGACUCUAUUACAACAGCAAUGAAUGCACCACUGAAUGACCUUAAAUGCCAAGUUGAAGACAGAUCAUCCUGUGAUCGCUAAGAGUCGACACCGAUUUGAUGACACUUAAUCAGUCAAUCAAUCAACCACCCUGACCAAACCACAAAGCCUGAAUGGCUCCCUAUGUACACAGAGUUGCUGAUGAAGCAAUUAGGUCAAUUACUUAAUUGUAGUUAAUCCAACCAAGCACAGGCUAGAGUCUAUUUUGUAGCAGUGAAGAAAGUGUCUGCAGAAAGAUGCCCCACACUGUCCUGGUCCUGCACAGUUCUUGUCACCAUACCUCAGAAAGGACAUUAUAGAAAUGGAGAAAGUACAGAAGAGGGUCAACCAAGAUGAUCAGGGACCUAGAGCACCUUCCUUAUGAGGUUGCGCAGGAUCCGAGGCUUCUUUUCCAGGAGGAGCAGUCGGGUGGCCCCCCUGGAUGCCCCAGCGGAGCCCACAGCCUCCAAGCCAGCUGCCCGCCCCUGUUGGUGGUGCAUCUGUGGGAGGAAGAACCGGGUGGCCCCUGCUCCCACCGUGCUGCCUCCCUCGCUGCCGCCAGUUGGGGAGAGCAGCAAGCCCGGGCCGUCAGCGCCCCCCGUACAGGAUGCUGGAGGUGAGGAGGAGCCCCUUUUGGGGGGGAUGGUGGGGCAGAAGGAGAGGGGGUGGCCCGGCUGGAAGGACAGCUCGCUCACGGUCCUGCCUUCUCCCUCUCUUCCCCACUCGGCAGCUUCCACCCCCUGCCAUCUCAUUCACGCCAGGCUGCAGAGGGUACAUCAAGUCAGAACGCUGAAAGAAGGAGGAGGAGGGAAGGAGCGGAGGGGCAGGAUCACUUUCCUGAUGGCCCUGAUCCAGGCCUGCCAGGAAGCCAUCUGGAGGGGGGAGCAGCGCCUUCCGUUUUCGAAAGGGCUGGCCGCCCAGGCCGUGCUGUGGAAUGAAGCCCUGCUUGGGAGCAAAAACAGAACAAAAGCUCAUCUCAGAGUCAAUCUUCUGGAUGAGCCACAUGAUUGGAGGAGAGCCGGAGGAAGACCGAGAAAGCCCAUUUCUGCCCCCGGAGAGGUCCAUGAGGAGGAUGCUGCAAGCAAUGCUCGCUGAAAAGCCCACCCUGACCCAUCUCAUCAGGAUUGCUAAGGCCAUUGAUGCUGAGAUGUUCAGCGAGGAUGAGGAGGAGGCAGCCAUGGCAGAGAACGUUGGCUUCUUACUGCUCAACAUGGCCAUUGGGCCCCCUUUCUACUUUGAG